GACCUGCCUCAAAAACCCUAAGCCCGGGUCCGAAUACAUAUUCCAAUCGCAAAGUCGAAGAAGACCCGAAGGAUCAGAUUUUGGGAAAGGGAGAGCAAGUUGAGCUCACCGGCGCCGCCGGCGGUUGUACGGUCAAUCGUUAAUUUUCUUCUUAACUGUCGAUUUGUGUGUAUAUUGUUGUUCCAUUCAAUGUGUGACGAAGAAAGGUCAGCAAACGAAGAACAACGGCAGCCUGGAUUCGAAAAUGUAGAAAUUAUUUCGUUGGAGGAUGAUGUGGGGAACAAAAGGAUGAAGGAGAUGCCAAUUGAUAGGCUCAGUGCCUUUCCGGAUUGCUUGCUCAUUCACAUCCUCUCUUUUCUGGGUUUGAAGAAAGCUGCAAUUACGAGUCUUCUCGGGAAAAGAUGGAAAUUCCUUUGGACCGAAUUGCCCACCCUUGAAUUCAAGUUCUGGGAUUUCAGUGGUGAGAAAACUAAGGCAAAUUGUGACUUCGUGGCUAGGGUUCAUAAGACCCUUGCUACUCGCAGCGGGAAGUCUCUGGAGAAGUUGGAGGUUACAUUCAAGUACAUCGAAUGCUUUGCUUCCGACGUUGAUAGCUGGCUUCGGGUUGCCGUGAAACUCGAGGUGAAACAUGUGGUUUUGAGCAUGGACUACAAUGGAGAUCUAUAUACUCUUAACAAGGAGAUGUGUUCAUGUUCUUCCUUGACAUCAUUGUCCUUGGACGGCUGCACUAUUGAACCACAAAGAGCCAUCAGUUGGCCAUCUUUGACAUCGUUAGAGAUUUAUAAUGUAGAUUUACCCCAGCCUGUAGUUGAGAACAUAUUAUCGGGCUGUCCUGCUUUGAAAAGCUUGUAUCUGAUUGGAUGUUGGGGAUUCACGUUUUUGCUGAUCAAAUCUCAAAAUCUCUGUGAACUUAUGGUUCAUGACCCUGAGGAAGCAGGAGGUUUCAAUUUCCUUCAUAUCUCAGCACCCUUUUUGAAGUCUUUGAAUAUUUGGUUCCGUCCUGAAAAAAAAAUGAAGCUCUCUCAGACAUCAUCUCUUGUCAGUGCGACUUUUCACUUUUCUGACUUUGGGGGUCCAUGCUCGGAGGCCGUGGUGAGUAAUACUAAGGAGAUAUUUGAAAACACUCAACAAGUCAAGGAGCUUGAACUGGGACGUGAUGCCAUGAAGGCUCUAGCAGUGUUGUUGCCGAAUGGUUGGCAGCUUCCGAAAUCUACGCGAAGGUGUUUGACAAUAAGUAGCUUUAGCAAUAAUGCAGAAAGCAUUUCUUGCAUUGUGGCCCUGCUGGAAUCUUCUCCAUACCUGGAGACAUUGAUCAUAUAUUGUGAUGACAGCUAUGGUAAAAAAAAGACUUGGAUCCCACUUGCAAAGGGUGAUCUUUGUUGCGAUAUGCCUUAUUUGAAGACGGUUAAAUUGUCUGACUUGGCGGAUGCAAAGCUAGAGGGUGAGCCAUUGCUUACGUUGGCCCAAAUCAUUCUUAAGAGGGCACCGGCCUUGAAAGAGAUGACAAUUGAGGAUCAUAACAUCAAAGGAACAAGUGAGUUUGCCAAGAUAAGCCAAACCUUGCUCACUUACCCCAGAUCCUCACCAGAUGCAGUCAUCUUCUUCCUCCCCCAUUAGAUUAUGGCUUUUUUUCUUCUUAAAUUGCGUAAAAACCAAACCGGUCUUUUUUAGAGACAGAUGGGCAUCAUAUUGCUAGCUUGACAUGUCUUCAUUUACAUUUGAGAGCAUAAUGGAUAUUGUCAAUGUGAGACUGCUGAUAUGCCAUCACCAAGUAUUUUUAUUACCAAGGUAAAAGACUAAUUUGUUUGGUGUUUCUAGCUAUGUGUAAACAAUGGAAACAUUAAAGUUUCAUUUUUUCU